UCGAUACCUGGGAAAAAUCUGGCCAAAAGCUGUGAAAAAUUACGAACGAAGGCGAGAAACUCGAGCAAACCAGAUUCCAGAAUUAAAGAUUUUGCAAAUAUAUACCUAUUUAGUUAAGCUCUGCCGAACAGUGUUAACAGUGAUUGCCAUAAAAAAAACCCAAGCUUGUGCUUUAACGUGUUGUGUUUAUUUUGGAGAGGAACUAGACAGUGUCCUGCGGCCGUAAAGAUUUGCAUUUGCCGUCGCUAAUUGUGAGCUACGAACUGCAACUGACAGACGGCAAUCAGUGGGUAAAAGGAAAUCGGAAAGGAAAAACUUUCUGCGCCUGCUGCCGGGUUUUCUUCCUACCAACGCACUUCAGCCAAAUCCCGGGAAAUUGUUCGCCUGCCAAGCCUCAAGCUGGGCGAUUACCGCAAAAUGACACGUGUCAGGCGCAUUGUGCGCUUGGCCUAAAAGUAUGCAGCAUCAUUAGUGUCAGAGCGAAGGGCUCGCCAAAACUACACCAACGCUACAACAACAACGGGGAAAACAAAGGAAAAACUGAGGAAAAACUGAGCUGCACCCGGCAAAAUUGAAAAUGUAUGCUCAUUAGUAAUGGCAGAUGCGACGAGCGGCAAAAACUAACUGAAAAGCGCAUUGCAAGGACCGAACCGACAGCGACAAGUUCCUAAGUCAAACGCCAUUCAUAAUUAGCAACAAUAACAACAAGGACGCUGGAACAUCUGGCAAAAGUCAAGGACGAGUUGUAAAAUAAUUCGCGAAAGCAUGGCCCAAAGAAGCAACUCCAGUUAUCUCGAGCCCCACCAGAAGAAGCCAGAGUCCUUCUCAGCGAGCUGAUUUCGAGAGCCCGACAAAUUAGCAGAGCGCACAAAUUAUCGCCGGGGAAAUUGAUAGAUUCGAUUAGCAAUAUAAAAAGCUCAGAGCCAGCGAGGACGGAGAUAGCAGCCGGCGGCUCCUUUAAUUUGUCACAACCACCAAAGCACGAACCAUCCCAUCGGACUUCCGCCAAAUCCAUCGCUUUAAGCCAACAAAUAUCGAGUCAUGCCUGAGCAGGAUAAUUACGAUGAUGAGUUGGUCUCCAGCAAUCCGAACCAGCGGAACUGGCGUGGGAUCCUCAUCGCGCUCCUGGUCAUCAUAAUCGUCCUGGCCCUGAUUGUUACAUCGGUGGUGCUGCUCACGCCGCCCGAUGAGGGACCGCGGGUCAAGGGUCAGCGCAUCAAGCUGCAGGACAUCGUCGAUGGCCUCUUCACGCCGCAGCACGCCAACGGCAGUUGGAUCGAUGGCGAGGAGUUCCUGUACCAGGACCAUUUGGGUCGCAUCUGUCUGCUGAAUGCAGCCAAUCGCUCGGAACGUGUCCUCAUGUCCAAUGUGACAUUUAAAACUCUGGCCCCCUUCACCUUCACCAUAUCGGCGGACAAACGCUAUCUGCUUCUGGCCCAGAAUGUUGUGAAACUGUUCCGCCACUCCUACCUGGCCCAAUACACGCUCUACGACAUCCAGACCAGCGAGAGCAUCAAGUUGCGGCACAGUCAGCACCAGGAUGAAUGGCCGUAUCUGCACUUUGCACGCUUCACACCCGCCGGCAACGCGCUGGUCUGGGUGCAGGGCUACGACAUCUACUACCGCACGGAGGUGCGCAGCCCGACGGUGCAUCGGAUUACCCAUGAUGCGGUGCCCGGAGUGGUGUACAACGGAAUACCGGACUGGCUGUAUGAAGAGGAAAUUCUCCAUGCAAAUAAUGCGAUUUGGAUGUCGGACAACGGCCAACUGAUGCUGUACGCCACCUUCAACGACACGCACGUCCAGGAGCAGCACUUUGCCUGGUACGGCACGACUGGCUCGUCCGGCGGAGCGGCUGCAGCUGCAGCGGCAGCGGCGGCAGCAGGAGGAGGCGGUGGCACUGGAACUGGUGGAAAUAGCGGCUCGGCGGGCAGCAGUAAUCCGCAUGCCAACCUGUACCCGGAAAUCAGGUCCUUACGAUAUCCAAAGCCGGGCACUCAGAAUCCCACAGUGACCUUGCGGGUCGCCGAUCUGAAGGAUCCGCAGAAGGUUCACAUCACCGACCUGCGACCACCGCAAAUUCUGGCUCAUGAAGAUCAUUACUUCAGCAGCGCCAGUUGGGUGAGCCACUCAAAGAUUGCCGUCGUUUGGCUAAAUCGUCCUCAGAACAUCUCCGUGGUCAGUGUGUGCAAGGCUCCCGCCUUCGAGUGCAUCGAGACCCACCGGGUGAGCGGCGACGGACGCGGCUGGGUGGACACUGUCACAGUGCCUCUGUUUGCCACCAAUGCCAGUAUCUACGUGGCCAUCUCCCCGCUGCGAGAUGGUCUGUUUGGCUAUUUCCGGCACAUCGUGCACGUAGACAUCGACAAUAACCGGGUGCUGCCCCUCACCCAUGGGCCCUACGAGGUGAAUCGAUUGUUGCACUGGGAUCAGCUGGAUAAUUGGAUCUACUUCCUUGGCACUCCGGAGCGCCUACCUUCCCAGCAACAUCUAUAUCGCGUAUCCGCCCUGCCGGCCCGUCAAGGCCAAGCCUUGCAGCCGCCAGACUGCCUGACAUGUCCGGCGCUGAUGCAGCAAGCCGAGGGCUACGAGGAAGGUCACACCAAGUCGCCACCGAAGCUGGUGACUGCCUGGGACGAUGACUGGGAGGACUCCGAGGAAACAGAGGCGCAGUUGCCGCCACAACCCGCGCUGCCGGUAGAGCAGCAGCGUCCUGGAAGAGGUCAAAGUGCCCCAUUGCCACCGCCUCCAAGUGAUUGCCUUUACCACGAGGCCCAGUUUCCGCCCUCUCGGCGGGCCAAAUACGUCCUGGUCGACUGCCUGGGACCUGUAGUACCCACCUCCAUUAUCUACGGCCUGAAAUCCUCCACUCCCUCCAAAACAAAGAGGCAGAGCACUCAGCAAGAAGAGCCUCCCACGGAUGGCGGGGGAGAGAAGGUGACGGAGGAGCCGAAGUCACAGUUCCUGGAACUCCUCGUCACCGUGCAGAAUAACACUCGGUUAAAAGAGAAGAUGGCCAAGACAGCCAUGCCACAAGUCAAGACCUUCCCCGUGAUGAUCUCCGGAGGCUACCAUGCCCAGGUGCGACUUUAUUUGCCGCCCGUUUUGCGCGAGGAUGAGAUCACGCGGUAUCCCACCAUAUUGCACGUUUACUCGGGUCCCGGCUCUCAGUUGGUCACCGAUCGCUGGCACGUCGAUUGGAACACCUAUCUGGCUGGCAGCAAGGACUAUAUUGUCGUGGAGAUCGACGGACGGGGAUCCGCGGGCCAGGGUUACCAGCUGCUCCACGAGGUCUACAAACGUUUGGGCAGCGUUGAGGUGUCCGACCAACUGGAGGUCAGUGAGUACCUUAGGGACAACCUGCACUUUAUUGACUCCCGGAGAAUGGGAGUCUGGGGCUGGAGUUACGGCGGAUACACGGCUGCACUGGCCCUCGCUGGCCAGCAGUCGAUCUUCCAAUGCGGCAUAAGUGUAUCGCCGGUGACCAACUGGAAGCUGUAUGACUCCACCUAUGCCGAGCGCUAUCUGAGUUUCCCCAACGUGACGGAUAACUACAAGGGUUACGAGGAGAGCGACCUAUCCAAGUACGUGGAUAACCUGCGAGAUCGCCAGUUCCUGCUCGUUCAUGGCACUGCGGACGACAAUGUCCAUGUGCAGCAGUCGAUGGUGCUGGCCAGAUCCCUCACCAGCAAGGGAGUGCUCUACAAGCAGCAGAUAUAUCCUGACGAGGGUCACAGUUUAUCGGGGGUCAAGCGACACCUGUACCGCUCGAUGACAGCCUUUUUCGAGGACUGCUUCAAGAAACUGGUGCCGCCGGAAACGAAAGCUGGCCUGGGGAGUGGCGGCGAUAUGCAGCAGCAAUAAGCAUAAAUUAUGGAAUCACCAACAAUAUACAUAUAUAAACAGCAUAUUUCUGAUAGGAAACAAAAAAAAGUAUAAAACGUCGCUAACUUCAACUGGAACGUGCGAACGAAAUGGUUUUGUGAAUUGCAUAAAAUGUGAUUUAUCAUCGGCACACCAACAGCAACACUCACACAGACCCACACACACCCUGGGACAGAGAACUGUUAAAUGGCAACACGAAUGGCCCAGCAACAACAAGCAACUAAGUUAAAUGGCAUUUGGUGUAAAAUUAAUAAGCAAAACAGCGCAGCAGCAGCAGCAAAAGCAGCGAAAAUGCCAAGUAAGUGUGGACAAAAAGCAGCAUAAACAAAUAAAUGUAUGUGUACGAACGUACGUACAUAUGUAUAUGUGUGCAGACAAAGCGAACAAAAUCAACAUGGUUGUGAAAACAUAACUCACACAGGCACAGACCCCGACACUCGCACACAGACACAAGCACAACGACAGAGAAAGUAAGAGAGAGCGGCAGAGGGAAGAAGAGCGCGCGAGAGCACGCACAAAGGUAGGCAAUAAAAAUUUACACAUGCGGCUUUUCUCCGCCGACAGGUGUGACAUUUCCUUACUCUCGUAAAAAGGUUUUCAUAACUCCAUAAAGCCUUUGCUCAAAGUGUCCCUCACCGAGUCAAUAUCCUUGAAUUUUCAUAGUUUUCGUUCGCUGAUUUCUUGAAAACCAAAACA